AUGGAGUCUGAACCGGCCGCCAUUAUGCCGCAGCAGGACUGGGAGGUUGUCAUGGUGGACGAGGCGGCACAAGAGGGUUUCUUCCACUACGAGGUUCGGCGAGGCGAGGAGGCCUAUCGCUUGCCAGUCCUGCGGAAUUGGAAGCUCGUCGGCUCUGCCUUCUACACAAUGAAUGUGCGAGAGCACCGCGUCACCCCGAUUCAGGAGCUGUAUGAGCACGAGGCAUGGUUGCGCAUGAGCGUGAAGUUGAAACCGGAGGACGUUCUCAUCUGCUCGUACCCCAAGUCGGGGACGACACUGGUCGAGCAGAUCGUGCUGCUUCUGCUCAACAGCGGCGAUCACGAGGCCCUUGAUCCCCUCUCCAAGAAUGCGAUUCGACCGACAAAAGCGACGUUUGGAAAGAUCUGGCCCGAGGCGUGCCUAGUGCCUGAUGGCUGCACCGAGCGGGCACCCUUCCGACCGAUAGGCGAGCAGUUCAGGCCAGUGGAGCUCUCGCUCUUCGAGGCCAUGCACAGCCCUCGCGUCAUCAAGACGCACAACGCUCCACAGCAUGUCGUUGGCUGCGAUGCGAGCGGGCAGCUGGCAGAGUCUCGAUACAUCAUCGUGUGCCGCAACCCCCUCGACACUUGCGUCUCUGCGUACUAUCAUGGCUGGAGCCCCGCUGAGAGCGGCGUGCCCUUUGAUGCGUGGUCAGUCGCAUGGCUCGCCGGGCUGCCAGCGCAAGGCGGCACGUGGUGGACGUAUUAUGAGCAAUGGCGGCGAGCGGAGCAGCUCAGCACGAAGCGCGCCCAGUUCUUAUGGGUGCAGUACGAGCACAUCAAGGAUCAGCCUGAGCGUGAGAUUCGCCGUAUCGCCGCCUUCCUCGGCAUCGACGGCGACGACGCUCUCAUCGCGCGCGUUGUGCAUGGUAGCGACUUUACCGUCAUGAAGCGCAGCGCAAAGGAGGCCGCCAAGGCCCGCCACCGGUUGGACUCGGACGCACACAUGCGCAAGGGGAUCGUGGGCGAUCACAUCAACCACUUUGAGCCCGAGCGCCGCCGCCGCUUCAUCUCUGCCCUGCAAGGCGGCGGCAACCCCCACGCACCAUUCACGGAUGCAGUCUCGCUAUCUUUUAACUCUCCAGCAGAGCAGGUCUCGCCCCAGCCAUUCGCCAUCCUUGAUUUCAUGGCAACGCUGCUGCUACCCGCCACUAUGAACGCGGCAAACACGUGUAUCAUCCCGAUUGCCGAGGCUGUCGUCCGGUCCCGACGAAUGAGUGCCGAUGCAACAAGGACGGAGGUGCUGCACGCAUCGGCGCUAGAGAUCGCCGUUAGCACGGCUGGAAUUUUGCUGUCCACGCUAGCCUACUUCGCUAUGCCAUCGCGGUGGCACGAGGGGCGCACCAUCUACCUGUUUGCCAGCGGCUGCUUCACCGUCGGCACCGGCGCCUACAUGACGGCCAAGCGGUCGUUCCUCAUGCUCUGUGUCACGACGUCGGCUCUUGUUGGCACGCAACACGGGGUCCCAGGGAAGGCGAGCAAGAACCUUCUCGCGUGCCAGACGCCAAAAAGACGACGCAAAUCCAUUCACAGUCCUUGGCGACGGCGGCUUCAGAAGCGGCUUCAGAAGAGAGCUUCUUUACUUAUAAAAUUCUUUAUUUUCUCUUUGUGGUUGGCUCUGGCGGGCGCGCUGCGGUCGCACGCCUCCCAAGUCAUAUGCCACGGCGUGCAAUGGCUAGCGGCUGGCCGCUAG